GGGCGGGCGGGUGUUCGGCGAUGUGAGGUGACGGCCGGGGUCCCGGGGGCGGAGAUACCGGGAGAUGCAUCAGCCGGCUGCAGAUGGUCAGAGGCUGCUUAAAGAGGUAGAAUCAGCAAGAAAUCUCCCUAAAACAGAGGAAUGUACAACAGAGGAAGGCCCUACUGUCGUUCAGCAUGCGAUGGGUUUUCGGAGGAACCAGAAGAUGAUGUUUCGGCAGCUGAAGACUUGUGCUUUGUUGUUGGAUCUGGUGAAAAACAGUGAUGCUACCACGAUUAAAGAAAUCACACAGCAGCAGGACAUCCAGCUGAAAGUCAAUGAAACGAGGCAGAGGUGGAAGAGUUUGAAGUCGGAAUCUCGAGUGCAAGAAGAGGAGUUGCAAAACAUCUCCACAAUCCUGCAGAAAUUCCAAGCUUUGGAGACGAAGCAGCAAACUCUGAGGGAAGCUGUGCAGUUGUAUGAAGCAAAGAAACAACAGCUUGAAGAGGCUGCUCAACGGAAGAGGUUACAGCAGAAGGAGAAGCAGAAACUUGGAUUGGGCGAAGAGAAGAGUCAGAUUGAGCGUGGAAUUGAGGAGUGCACUCUGUCUAUCAGCAAAUGUCGAGCUUUAAUACAACAGGCACAAAAGGCAGUCCAGCAACUGGCCAGGAAAAGUGGCUUCAGUGAGAGAGUCAGCCCGUGUGAUGUCCGCACACUGUCGCAGCUCCAACAGGUUCUGAAGACCCAGUCAGGUGUGGAAGUCCUUGGGCUCUCCGAAGACCAAGUGAGGCUUCAGUUUGAUCCCUGUGCGUUGAUCUCACUGACUAAGCUCACUCCUCUCGUGCUGACCGUGACCUGGACUGACAAUGGGGCGGCAAAGCUCGAGACCAACUGUGCCUUCCUUGACCUGUCUGAAAUGGAGUUCGUUGAUCUGCCAAACGUCACAGCUGAGAUCUGGAAACGUUACAUGAGCCAGGCAGAACUCUGGGGGGAAAUCCAGGACUUGCAAAACAGGUAUGCCAUUGAUUGGCUGGAAGAUGAACGGAAGCUGAAAUUUCUGCAUUGGAGAGCUGGCCGCUCCUCUAACAUCGUUUACACUUUGUAUGUUGAGCACGGUUACCCUAGCGACGGCGAGGUUAAACUCUGCUCCAUCCAAGAAAACAAUUGUCUGCUUGAACUGGUGAUUAAGCCUCCACAAACCAAGCCUUUGCUCGCUGACUGGUUGGAGUAUCUGAACAACUUGGAGUGUCAGCAAGGAUAGAUGGCGAUUCCUCUUCUCAUGUACAUAUGAUUCGCAGUGAGCUGCAAAAACUGAUCCACCUUUCUCUCUCUCUACACUAAUAAAAAAUAAAAAAAAGUUUAUAUUUAUGGUGUAUUGUUAAUUUUAGUUUAGAAAUAUAGCAUGGAUGUGAUCCUUUUUUACGUCUGAAGAAGGGAUCCGACCCGAAACGUCACCCAUCGUUUUUUCCCAGAGAUGCUGCCUGCCCGCUGAGUUACUCCAGUAUUUUCUGUCUCUAGGACUGAAUGGGUUUCAUGAUUGGGCCCUUCAGCCCAAUUUGUUCAUGCUGACCAAGGUGGCCCGCCUAAACUCGUCCUAUUGCCUGUGCUGUGCCUCUAACCUUUCCUAUCCAUAUUUCAAGUGUAUUAAAUGCUUUUGUAGUAUAGUUUAGAGAUACAGCAUGGAAACAGUCCCCGAGGUACACUAACAUGAUCCCACACACAUUAGGGACAAUUUACACUUAUAUCAAGCCAAUUAACCUGCUGUCUGAAGAAGGGUUUCCUCCCAAAACAUUACCUAUUUCUUUCGCUCCAUCGAUGCUGCCACACCUGCUGAGAUUCUCCAGCACUUUUGUCUUACCUGUGUUAAGUGUGGGAGGAAACCAAAGAUCUCAGAAACCCGUGGGGUCAUGGGGAGAAUGUACAAAUUCUAUAGACAGCACCCAUUGUCGGGAUCGAACCUGGGUUCUCUGGCACUGUAAGGCGGCAACUCUACUACUGGGCCAAUGCCGCCUAGUAUCUGCUUCAGCUACCUCAUCUGGCAGCUCAGUCCACAUACCCACCACCCUCUGAAAAAGAUUUUCCCUUUGAUUCUGAUUAAAUCUUGCUCCUCUCGCCCUGGGGAUUCUGCAGAAGGGUCCCAACCCGAAACCUCGUCUACCCAUUCUCUCCACAGAUGAUGCCUGACCUGCUUCAGUUCCUUCAGCGCUUUGUAUUUUGCUCCAGGUCAAAACUUCAAUAUCUUCACCAAAGAUACUAACUUUGAGUUCUUCCACGGAUACAAGUCAUGCAAUGUUGAACUGCUGGCAUUCACCAUCCAUGGUGUUGUUGAAAGGAGAGACGCAUACACACAAAUAUCAGUACAGGAAAUAAAUUUAUUUUUUUAAUGGAACAUUUGAGUAUAAUUGUUUGGUGGCAAAGAAAAAACUAUGUAACUGGUUGAUAAUUGAGCCAAUUGCUGAAAUACAGCUUUUUCUUGAGCAAGCUUAUUAAUGCAUUGACUGGCCUCUAAAUAAACAAAAACAUUUUGAAAGAAAGGGUUAAGGUCUUUUCGUUUUAAUGGUCUCAAAGUAAUAACCGGGUUCUCUGCACAAAUGUUAGCACUCGGCAUGGUAAAAUACUGGCUUUGAACACAAUGAUCAGAAAUAUUCAAAACUGAUAAAUUCAUUUUAAUAGGCAGCAUAUGACAGCUGGGAUUUUUCAAUCUUUAUUUCCUACAUUUACCACCUGCACCUUCCCUUACUUUUAAUUUAUUUCCU